AUGCAGCCUCGAUCAUCCUUUUCCCACUUGGUCUCCCUCCUAGCAGCUCUAUGCUUCUCAACCUUCACUUCCGCCGAAAAUGUCAUCCUCACCAACUCGCUGAAUUCUUGUAAAUCGGGCACAAACAACUUCACCGCAAGCUUGUUCAACGUUGCCUAUACCCCCUCAAACGCCAGUGUAGCUGUCAACGUCAACGGUAUAUCAUCAAUUGUCGGCAACAUUUUGGCUCAGGUUGAAGUCAUUGCAUAUGGCUUCACCAUCGUCAACGAGACAGUUGAUCCCUGCGCCCUGAAUCUGGCUGGUUUCUGUCCCAUGAAGGCCGGUACACCCAUUACGUUGGAGACAACUAUCGAUGUGCCGACGAGUGUUUCGGGCCAAAUUCCAGGUAUUGCUUAUAGUGUUCCUGAUCUCGACGGCGUGGUCCGCGUCUAUGUCCAUUCUUCCGAUACCGGAGAAGUCAUCGCCUGUAUGGAAGCUGAAUUGUCAAACACAAAAAGCGUCUAUCAUGCAGCCGUCGGUUGGGCGACUGCUGUUAUCACUGGCCUGGGUCUGGUGACCGCUGGUAUUACUUCAGGUCUGGGCCACCCGAACACCGCUGCCCAUGUUGCUGCCAAUGCGGUUUCAUUGUUUGGCUUUUUCCAAGCUCAGGCCAUCAUUGGCAUGACCUCAGUCUCCAUGCCUCCUAUCGUUCAAUCCUGGACACAGAAUUUUCAAUGGAGCAUGGGCAUCAUCCGAGUUGGCUUCCUUCAAUCCAUUGCUACGUGGUACCAACGAGCUACUGGCGGCACUCCUACUACCUACUUGUCAACCCUCAGCUAUUUCUCCGUUCAAGUUCAGAAGCGUUCCAUCAGGCGAUCCCUCGAAUCGAUGGUUGCCUAUGUCCAUUCCGGUCUUCGAACCCUCUCGAAGCGAGCGACGGACACUGCUACUGACAACGUCAAGGUAGUUCGUGGUAUCGAUAGAGUCGGUUUCCGUGCCGGAAUCGAACAGACCAAUAUUUUUAUGACAGGCUUGAUCUUUUUCAUCUUCAUCCUCUUCCUGGCUGUCGUCUUGGUCGCACUGACCAAAGUCAUCCUUGAUGGUUGUGCCAAGGCUGGAUGGAUGAAGUCUGAUAAAUUCCUUGAAUUCCGAAAUGGAUGGAAGAUCGUUAUCAAAGGCAUCGUGUUCCGACUGGUUCUUCUUGGCUUCGUCCAGAUGUCUAUUCUGUGCUUGUGGCAACUUGUCGAGCGUGAUUCGGCCGCUGAAGUCGUACUUGCCCUAGUCGUUUUCAUCUCCAUGGCUGGAACUCUAGGCUUCGCCUCCUACAAAGUCAUUACACUUGCCAAGAAGUCGGUUGAUAUGCACAAGAAUCCCGCAUACAUCCUCUACUCUGACCCGGAGUGCCUCAACAAAUGGGGGUUCCUCUAUGUGCAGUACCGUGCCACUGCGUACUACUUCGUCGUCCCUCUUUUGGCGUAUAUUCUCGUCAAGGCUCUCUUCAUUGCAUUCGCUCAGAAAUCAGCAAUCGCUCAGGCUGUCGGUCUCGUUAUUGUCGAAGCCGUUGCAUUGAUCGGUGUCAGCGUUCUGAAACCAUGGAUGGAUAAGAAGACCAACAUCUUCAAUAUCUCGAUCGCUUCCAUGAACAUGCUCAACGCACUUCAGCUACUUUUCUUCUCGGAUGCUUUUGGUCAACCCCCUCAGGUUAACGGUGUGUUGGGUGUCUUUUUCGCCUUUUCCAACAUUAUCUUUGCGGCAGUUCUGCUUAUAUUGGUUCUCAUUGCUUCGAUAUAUGCCAUUGCUUCCAAGAAUCCCGAAGUCAGAUAUCAGCCAAUGCGUGAUGACCGAGGAAGCUUCAUAAAAUCACAAGCAGCCCUGACAACAGAGUUGGAUGCUCUAGGUGCUACUGCUAGAGGAGACAGCCAAAUUUAUAACAACGACAAGAAGAUCGUCGACGAUGACGAUUCAAUGUCUGGUGACUCCCUCAAGCACUCGUCUGCUGUCCACCAGCAGCCUAUGAGCCAGAUGUAUCCUAGUGAGGACACUGGAAGACGGGGACCAAUGCGACCAUAUGAGCAGGUUAACAACGAUAAUUACGGCUACGGCGCCGGACCGCCUACCAACCAAUCGUACGAUCGCAGCAUGAGCAAUUUGAGUAAUCAAUACCCACCGCCAAGGUCCGCUCAUUCAGGAUAUGCACCUCAGCCCGGAGCAUUCCGCCAACAGAACAACGCCAGCCCUUGGCAACGAGGUGCAGGCUAUGAUUGA